GUUCCCUGUGCUAUACAGCUUCUGUAGCCAUGCUUGUGACAUGGUGCCUUAGAUCCUAAAGAUGUUUUUCAUCCUGUGAAGGAUGUGAAUCCAGGUGCGAAGGUGAUUGCUUCUCCUGCCAGUUACUAAAAGAAUCUUAACUCAGUGGAAAUCUGAGUUAUUCUAUGUAUUUAACUGAAAGCCCAUCCCGUACGUAUCUUGGUGCCCCAGCAGCAGUCUGUUCAUUGCUUGUUAGAGAUGCAGAAACGCAUUCACGACUCCAGCCUAGACAACGUGUCAUCUCCAGAGAGGAUCGACACCACCCCCUCCUCAGCAGCUGGGAUCUGGUUGCUCGCCAAGCUGUUGCUGACCAGGCUCCCUUGCCCGCUUGGCUGAUGAGGUCACCACAGCAGAGUGCCACGGGGGCAGCCAGGCCCAGUGUUGCAACAUGUUCCCUAGGCUGGCUGUUGCCCUCAUUUCAGCAAACACCCCACGUACCGGCAGAUCACUGAUCCCCUGGCUCUCUUCCCUCUGCCUUUGUAUUCACUUUUCUGUGCUGCAUCUUCCCUUGAGUAGAAGGGAAAAGAAGAGCUUCUCAGAUUUGAUUUCUCAGUGGGAACUGUUUGCUUUGGAAGCCACCUACACCGAUGUUAAUUGAGAACAGAGCUCAGAACGAGGGCCUGAGAACUGCACCCGGAUGAACUUUUCAGUGGGCUGGUUUCCGUUGAUCUCUACAGAAUCGAAUUAUUGUAUGCAAGUGAUACCGUGAGUGAUCAGCUAGUUCUCCAAAGGCUGAGCACGUGGAUCAGUGUCUUUUCCUUUAACUAGUUCUCUACCUCAGAAGAAUUAUUUGUAAUUGAUCAUGUAAAGUCGACGUCAUGAAAGCUACUGGGGACCCUGGCCCCCACUGCCCAUUAAUAACAUUCUGGAAAUUAUGAAGCAAUCUGGGCCCUUUACAAUCUAAAUCUAAACCGGAUGAGCCUCUAUUAGAGAGAUUACAGUAAAAAAUAACAAUCAGCUCUCUGAUGAUCCUAUGCCGAGGGAAAGGGUGGGGAGGAGUAGAUUUGGCAAAGGACAAGCCCAGACUUUCGUCACCGGGACAGACCAAAGUGUUAACACAAAGGGAGAACCCGGGAGCAUCCUGCACACCGCAUUUCAGCCGCAAAUACCAUGGCACCUCCUCGGGCCCAGUCCACGCCCUGAGCGCCCCAGGGUCUCCGCACCUCUGCGCUCGCCGCCCCCGCCCCUUCCAGCUGCAGAUAUGCUCGGGGGAUCCGGAUCGCAGGGAAGACGCAGCCUGGCCGCGCUCUCCCAGAUCGCCUACCAGAGGAACGACGAUGAUGAGGAAGAGGCCGCCCGGGAACGGCGCCGCCGCGCCCGGCAGGAAAGGCUGCGGCAGAAGCAAGAGGAAGAAUCCUUGGGGCAGGUGACCGACCAGGUGGAGGUCAAUACCCAGAACAGUGUGCCCGAUGAGCAGGUCAAGACAACCACCACGAACACUCAGAUGGAGGCCGAUGAUGAAGCUGCACUCCUGGAGCGCCUGGCUCGGCGGGAGGAAAGACGCCAAAAACGCCUUCAGGAAGCGCUGGAGCGACAGAAGGAGUUUGAUCCAACCAUAGCAGAUGCAAGUUCGUCGCCACCAAGCAGAAGAAUGCAGAAUAGCACAGCCGAAGAUGAGACGGCGGAGAAGGAUGAGAAAAGUGAAAGUCGCCAAGAAAGAUACGAGAUAGAGGAGACAGAAGUAGUCACCAAGUCCUACCAGAAGAAUGAUUGGAGAGAUGCCGAAGAGCAAAAGAAGGAAGAAAAAGAAAAGGAGGAAGAGGAAGAAGAGAAGCCAAACCAAGGGAGCAUUGAAGAGAAUCAGGUAGAGAUGGUGGUAGAAGAGAAAACAGCAGAAACCCAAGAGGAAACAGGAAUGGCAUUGAAAAAUGGGCAAAUCAGUGCCGAUGAGCCUAGGACAGAGGAGGAGAGGGAAAAAGGUUCACAUGAGAUGCCCCAUAAUGAAAAGAUAGAAGAGGAAGCAAGGGAAAGAGCUGAGGCAGAGAGGGCCCGGUUGGAAGCCGAAGAAAGAGAAAGAAUGAAAGCCGAGCAGGACCAAAAAAUAGCAGAGGAGAAAGCGAGAAGGGAAGCAGAAGAAAAAGCAGCUGCACAGGAGAGAGAAAGACGGGCAGCAGAGGAGAGGCAGAGGAUUGAGGAGGAGGAGAGACGGGCAGCUCAGGAGAGGCAGAGGAUUGAGGAGGAGAGACGGGCAGCUCAGGAGAGGCAGAGGAUUGAGGAGGAGAGACGGGCAGCAGAGGAGAGGCAGAGGAUUGAGGAGGAGGAGAGACGGGCAGCUCAGGAGAGGCAGAGGAUUGAGGAGGAAAGACGGGCAGCAGAGGCGAGGCAGAGGGCAAAGGCAGAGGAAGAGGAGAGAGCUAAGAUAGAAGAGCAAAAACGGCAGAAGCAGCUAGAAGAGAAAAAAAAGGAAAUGCAAGAGAAAAAGAUAAAGGGGGGAAAGGCAGAAGAGAAAACAGAAGGGAAGUGGGUAAAUGAAAAGAAAGUACGAGAAGAUAAACUUCAGACAGCUGCCCCAAAGAAACAGGAAGAAGAAAGGGGGGCUAAAGUGCAAGCUAAAAGAGAAAAGCCCCAAGAAGACAAGCCUACCUUCAAAAAAGAAGAGAUCAAAGAUGAGAAGACUAAAAAGGACAAAGAACGCAAGGAAGAAGUUAAGAGCUUCUUGGGUGGAAAGAAGGGACUUACAGACGUGAAGGCACAGAAUGGAGAAUUCAUGACCCACAAGCUCAAACACACCGAGAAUACGUUCAGCCGCCCUGGAGGGAGGGCCAGUGAGGCCAAGGAGACUGAGGGCGCUUCCCAAGUGGAAGCGGGCAAGCGGCUGGAGGAGCUUCGCCGCCGCCGCGGGGAGACCGAGAGUGAGGAGUUCGAGAAGCUCAAGCAGAAACAGCAGGAGGCGGCCUUGGAACUGGAGGAGCUGAAGAAGAAGAGGGAGGAGCGAAGGAAGGUCCUGGAGGAGGAGGAGCAGAGGAGGAAGCAGGAGGAAGCAGAGCGAAAAGUCAGAGAGGAGGAAGAGAAGAGGAGGCUAAAGGAAGAGAUUGAAAGGCGAAGGGCAGAAGCUGCUGAGAAACGCCAGAAGAUGCCAGAAGAUGGUUUGUCAGACGACAAGAAGCCCUUCAAAUGUUUCGCUCCCAAAGGGUCAUCUCUCAAGAUAGAAGAGCGAGCAGAAUUUUUGAAUAAGUCUGUGCAGAAAAGUGGUGUCAAGUCAACUCAUCAAGCAGCAGUGGUCUCCAAGAUUGACAGCAGGCUGGAGCAGUACACCAGCGCAAUUGAGGGAACAAAAACUACAAAACCCACGAAGCCAGCAGCCUCAGACCUUCCUGUUCCAGCCGAAGGUGUCCGCAACAUCAAGAGCAUGUGGGAGAAAGGCAAUGUGUUCUCGUCCCCGACUGCAUCGGGCACGCCAAAUAAGGAAACUGCUGGCUUGAAGGUGGGGGUUUCCAGCCGCAUCAACGAAUGGCUAACCAAAACCCCAGAUGCAAACAAGUCACCUGCUCCCAAACCUUCUGAUUUGAGGCCAGGAGACGUAUCUGGCAAACGAAACCUCUGGGAAAAGCAAUCAGUGGACAAGGUCACUUCCCCAACUAAGCAGGUUUGAGACAGUUCAAGAAAGAACCCAAAGUAGCCACUCAAGAUGCUGGACCAGCUCAGUUGAAGAGGGCUAAUGUGCUCUGUUUUAUAUUUAUGUUCAUUUACUAAAUUGGGUUCAUUUCCUUUUGUUUUGUUUUUCAUUAUCCCAGUAAACCCAUGUAUAUUAUCACUAUAUUUAAUAAUCACAGUCUAGAGAUGUUCAUGGUAAAAGUACUGCCUUUGCACAGGAGCCUGUUUCUAAAGAAACCCGUGCUGUGAAAUAGAGACUUUUCUACUGAUCAUCAUCACUCUGUGUCUGAACAGUGAUACCAACCACAUUGGGAGUCAACAAAAGGAGAUUCAAGUUGAAAAUUGCCUGAGAAAUGUGUGCAGUAUCCAGAAAAAUGAACCGUAGUGGUUUUUGUUUUUGUUUUAAUACCGAAGUCAUGUUGUUUCUGCACUUUAGAAUAAAGCAUGGAAGAAACUGUCUUAAUAGGCAGUUAUAACACUUUCUGAAAGUAACCCAUUUCAGAUUUGAGAUACUGCAAUAAUAAUUUUUUUUUAAAAAAGGACGUACUGUUAAGGUAUUACUUUUUUCAUGCUGAUGAAUAUCUAAAUUGGAUUAUGAUGUUAGCUGACAGUGGUACUGAUUUCGUUAGGUUGGUUGCUUUGUGGAUUUCUUUGGUAGGGAUAGUGAAACACAUUUUAGAUGACCUGAUCAUGUAUGUAUGUGCAUACACUUAUACAAACACACUUAUGGUAGAAAGCUUUUUCGUGUGCUAGGCUAUUAUAUUUAGCAGUAUGUCCUUGUAACUAGCCAAUAUCACUGCUUUUUAAAAAAUUUUAAAAAUCACAAUAUUAUAUUAUUUCAUAUUUGCCAGUAGUGACAUGGGAGAAUAGAUAUUGAUAUGUUUCCAAUGUCUGAUAACCUAUAAGAAGAAAGAGAUUAGAAGUGUCAAAAAUGAGUUGACAUUUUCUAUAAAACAUAGUAUUUAGUGUAUAAUUAAAAGCAAUCUUGAAGUCCACUGUGAACUGUACUAAAUCUGCUGUCUAGAUCAAACUCAAAGCUUGCUCGAAACUUCAUUCUUAAGAAUUAAGUUCACAGUAGGUUGGCUUAGAUGAUAUCUGAGGUCUCUUCCUUCUCUAAAAUUUAAAGAUAGGAGUUUUAGUGACAAAAUUGUACAGAUUGGAGUUUCAUGUAUAGAUGUAUUAAGACCAACUUUGGCUAAUCACUGAACACAGAGAAGAAAAGUAAGUGAAAGCUAAUAUUUAGGACUCAUGACCAUACUUCCAUCUUUAAUAUACUGAAACAUCUUCUUAGUUAAACGUUUUUACCUUUAUUAAUCAUUGGUACUUUCCAUAAGUUCAUAAUGUGUUGAACUUUAAAAAAAAAUAUGUAACUUUUAUUAUUUUUACCUUUUCCCUCGAGUCCAUCAACUCAUCAUUUGUACACACACAGUCCAGAUAUCGGAUCUCAUUUUAGCUUGUUAAGUGUUCAUCUGUCCUUCACAACAGAUGAUGAGAGUACUGCAGUGUCUUGGCAAUAUGUUCUAGUGUAGAGAGAUACAUGUAGUAUAGUUCUAUAAACGUAUACCUCAUGGCUUAACCAAAAUUAUUUUAGUCUCGAUUCCUGCACAAUGAGGGAGCCUUGCAAAUGCUUCUUUUCUAAUUAACAGUGUUCCCUUGGGAAAGCUAGCCAAGGCAGGGCUGGCAGUGCCUUCCAAAGUCUCUUUUCCUCAUAAAACAGUAGAUUGUUGAGUCCUAGCUUUUAGAGUUGUUGAGUCCUAGCUUUUAGCACACCUGGGCCAAAGAAAGGAAAGCCACCAAGAUUGCACAAGUCAUCCACCCAUGACAGAGUAGACAUGAGUCUAUGAUAAGAUGAACUAGAACUCACAUGCAGUGCCUGAGUUAGCAUUGACUCCCAUCAUUGGAGUGGAAUGGAUCAAAGUUUGAAUUAAGGCCUUAAUGGCAAGAUAACAUUGCUUUGUUGUACUUUUGAAUAAGAGCUUCUCCUGAUCACUAUUAUAUAUUUUUUCUGGAAUGUCUAAAGUUAAGAAGAGAAUAUAUCAAUCCUGACUUUUAUUCCAAUAUUUGGAUGGGAUAAGUUUUAGGGUAGAAUUUUGUUCAGUUUGGGUUUAAUCUUUUGAAAAAUAAAUUCCUUAUUUACUUGUUGGAUUACAAUUCUCUUUAUCUUUUUAAGACGUAAAACUGCAAGGUGACUAGCAUGUUCUGUGAAUCUGCCAUUCCUAAAAAUUUGAUAAACACUCAAUAUUUUUCACUGAAUAAUUGAGCGCUGCAAUAAAUAUAUAUUGUGAAAAUGCAUCCACAAUAAAUGGAAUUCCUCCAAA